AUGGUAGGCAUGGGGAAGUUGCAGCAACUGAUCGACACCACCAAAAUUUUAAGCGGGGUGAGGCAGAGGCAUUGGGGUUCUUGGGUUUCUGAAAUUAGACAUCCUUUACUGAAGAGGAGGGUAUGGCUUGGCACUUUUGAAACAGCAGAAGAAGCAGCAAGAGCCUAUGAUCAAGCUGCAAUCUUGAUGAGUGGCCGUAAUGCGAAGACUAACUUUCCCAUACCUCAAACUUCAAAUGAAGACGAUCCAAAAUCAAGUGAUCAACCUUCACUCCCAACACCACCAAAUGGUUUGUCUGAGAUCCUCCAUGCUAAGCUAAGAAAGUGUAGCAAGGCACCGUCACCAUCAAUGACUUGUUUGAGGCUUGACACUGAGAAUUCACACAUUGGGGUUUGGCAAAAGCGUGCAGGUCAGCGGUCUGACUCAAACUGGGUGAUGACAGUGCAGCUUGGAAAGAGAGAUCAGAGCCAAGUUUCUGAUGAGAGUACAUUGCCAUUGCCUGAGUCCUCAGGAGGGACGACAGGGCCAGAAAUGAGAGCAGAAAUGGAUGACGAAGAGAGAAUUGCACUGCAGAUGAUUGAAGAGCUUCUUAACAGGAAUUGUCCUAGCCCUUCUUUUGGGGUUCAAGACCAUGCAGAUGGUAGCUUUUUUCUUUAG